AUGCUUUUAUAUAAAAUAUUUAUCAUUACUUUAGUUAUUAAUCUAUUAACUGCUCACGCAAUGAUUUCAUUGCCUAUUCAUGAAUUGGAAAAGCCAGAAAAACGACGUAAUGUCUUAUAA